AUGGCGCCUGACAUACACGGGCAGAAUUUCACGGUUCGCGGCGUUGUGGCCGGCCUGGCCAUCGGCACCGUGAUCUGUGCUGCCAACGUCUACUUUGGGCUCCAGACAGGAUGGGUCUCCAUUAUGUCCAUGCCUGCCAGUCUGAUGGGGUUCGGCAUUUUUCGUCUGCUUAGAAGUCACCUUGAACUGCCAUUUUCGCCCGUAGAAAAUGUUUUUGUUCAAAGCGUCGCGUGUGGUAUGGCCAUCAUGCCACUUGGCUGCGGAUUUGUCGGCGUGAUACCCGCGAUGAACUAUCUUCUUUCACCAGAUGAAAGAGGGCCACUGAACCUCAGCCUCUGGCAGCUUGUGACUUGGUCACUUGGCCUGUGCUACUUCGGAGUCGUCUUUGCGGUGCCUCUACGUAAGCAAGUCAUUAUCAGAGAACGUCUGCGAUUCCCAAGCGGCUUCAGCACUGCCGUUCUUAUCUCCGUGCUCCACGGCCAGGGAACACAGUCGAAGCAGGCACUGGAUGAGGCAUCGAAAGGCGGCUUUGCCAGUCUUGUUCCCAAAGACAACGAACACGACAUGCAGCAGGACCAAGUGAAUGAAGCCGCUGCUUUGGUGGAUGAGCCCAUCACCGGCCCGCGUGAUUCGCAUUGGGCCGCGAAUUUGCGACUUCUACUCCUCUGUUUCAUCAUAUCAGGCCUUGCCACCGUUCUGACAUACUUCUUCCCCAUUCUCCGAAACAUACCAAUUUUUGGAACUGCAGUAGCCCAAACAUGGCUGUGGACGCUGAACCCUAGCCUGGCAUACGUUGGGCAGGGCAUCAUCAUGGGAACAGAGACAACCAUGCAUAUGACGCUGGGCGCCAUAAUUGGAUGGGCUAUCCUUAGCCCCCUGGCGAAGCAUAAAGGAUGGGCGCCAGGUCCGGUCGAUGACUGGGAAAGUGGAAGCAAGGGCUGGAUCGUAUGGAUAUCUCUAGCCAUCAUGCUUGUGGAUGCUGUCGUCAGCCUCGGAUAUGUCGCGACCAGAUCAAUUUUCGUUGCAUAUUACGAUCCCUCGUUUUCUGGCUUUCUCGACUCCAUACGCCAAACUUGGCCGGGAAGACUUCUCUUCUCGGGUAGCAGAGCUCGCUAUGCUCUUUUACAAAGACGAGCUGACGAUGACGACUCAAGCGACGAUGAAGGUGAUGGAUCCGGACAGAGCGCAGGCCAAGACAGUGAGGACGCCCCAGAGAACCAGCGUAUCAGCAACAAGAUUGUUGUUAUCGGCCUGUUACUCUCGAUAAUUCUCUGCAUAAUCACCAUACAUACGGUUUUCGGAGACCUGGUACCCCUAUAUGCCACCGUAAUUGCGGUGUUUAUGGCGCUGGUACUGAGUAUCAUGGGUGUUAGGGCUCUCGGUGAAACUGAUUUGAACCCAGUAUCCGGGAUUAGCAAGCUGGCGCAGCUCUUUUUUGCACUAAUAAUCCCGCAGUCGAAUAAAUCAAGCGUGCUCAUCAAUCUCGUCGCCGGAGCAGUGUCCGAAGCGGGCGCCCUUCAAGCUGGAGACCUGAUGCAAGAUCUGAAAACCGGUCACCUUCUCGGCGCAUCGCCUAAAGCGCAAUUCUGGGGGCAAAUGAUAGGAGCAACAGCCGGAGCAAUUCUGAGCGCCUUCAUCUACCGCCUCUAUACGCGCAUCUAUGAGAUACCGGGCGACCUCUUCCAGGUACCUACAGCGUAUGUAUGGAUAUUUACUGCACGGCUCGUGACAGGUCAAGGCCUGCCUUACAUGGCGAAAGAUUGGGCGAUUGCGGCUGGCGCCAUUUUCGCCUGCACAACUAUUCUAAGAACUAUUGCCGUUGGCAAACCCUGGCGCUCGUGGAUACCAGGAGGCAUUGCCGUGGCUGUUGGCAUGUAUAAUGUGCCUUCAUUUACCCUUGCUAGAGCCAUCGGUGGUAUUUUGGCCUGGGUCUGGCUACACGUUAUGAAGCGUUCUAGCACACCGCUCAUCAUUCUAGCUUCUGGGUUUAUUCUCGGUGAAGGAUUCUUGAGCAUCGCGAAUCUGAUCAUGGAAGGCUUAUCGGUUCCUCAUUUUUAA